UUAUCCUUUCUAAUUUCCUCUGGGGGUUUGUUUUUUGUCGAAGCACAAGGUAAAGGUGGUGAGUUUUUUCGAAGCAGAAAGCUUGAGGUUUUCUUUGUCGUUGUUCGUUGUCGUUCCUUGAGUGGAAUUUUCUCGGGAAACAAGCAGAAGCUGUUGUGCUGUUGUGAACGGAAAGAGGGAAAGCGGAGAGAAAAAGGAAACAUGAUGAUGAUGUCAUCAGUUUCAUCAUCAGCAGCCGCAGUAGCUGUAGACAAGGCAACGAGCGAUCUUCUAAUCGGUCCUGAUUGGACUAUGAACAUCGAUAUUUGUGACUCUGUUAAUUCUAAUCAUUGGCAAGCGAAGGAUGUUGUAAAAGCUGUGAAGAGAAGGUUGCAGCACAAGAGUUCUAAAGUUCAAUUACUAGCCUUGACGCUUCUGGAAACAAUGGUGAAGAAUUGUGGUGAUUACGUCCAUUUUCAGAUUGCUGAGAGGAAUGUAUUGGGGGAGAUGGUCAAAAUUGUGAGGAAGAAGGCGGAUAUGCUAGUGAGGGAUAAAAUUUUGACACUGUUGGACUCUUGGCAAGAGGCAUUUGGUGGUCCAGGGGGUAAACAUCCUCAGUACUACUGGGCAUAUGAUGAGCUAAGGCGUUCGGGAGUAGAAUUUCCCAAGCGUUCAUCAAAUGCAGCUCCUAUCUUUACUCCACCUGCUACAGUUCCAACAAUGAAUCCUGGUUAUGGAAUGCCAAGCAAUUCUUCUAGAAGGCUUGACGAAACAAUGGCUACUGAGAUUGAAAGUUUAAGUUUGUCUAGCUUAGACUCUAUGAGAGAUGUCAUGGAGCUCUUAACUGACAUGCUGCAAGCUGUUAACCCCGGUGAUUGUGCGGCAGUGAAAGAUGAAGUGAUAGUUGAUCUUGUCACUCGAUGUCGUUCCAACCAAAAAAAGCUGAUGCAAAUGCUGACAACGACUGGGGAUGAGGAACUUUUAGCUCGAGGUCUUGAAUUGAAUGACAGUAUGCAAAGCUUACUUGCAAAACAUGACGCCAUAGCUGUAGGUUCCCCCUUGCCAGUUGAGGCUGCUGAUGCAAGUCCCAAGCCUACUGAAGCAAGUAGCUCCAACAAAUCAAAUGAAGUGAAGAGCCCGGCAUCUAAUAUUAGCCCACCUAAUAUCAGUCCGCCUAAUAUCAGCCCACCAGGACCCGUUCCUAUUUUGACAAGAAGCCAUAUUGAUGAAGAAGAGGAAGAGGAAGACGAUUUUGCACAGCUAGCUAGAAGGCAUUCCAGAGCAACGUUCCCGUCUUCUCAGAGUGCAUCUGCUGGAACAAGUGGAGCCAUUGUGCCAAUCAGCAAUGCCACUGCGGCAACUUCCUCUGUGUUGACUGCCUCAACCUCUAUUCCGAGCAAUGCUUUAGCUUUACCAGACCCACCUGCACGAGUUUGGUCUUCAAAAGAGCAGGAUUUGAUUGAUCUUCUAAGCCUCACCUUGUCAACGACAUCGGCUUCCAUGUCCCAUUCCCCUCCUAUGCCAUCCUCAUCUCACCAAAAUUUGCAUCAAGGACCUGUUACUCCUAACAGCCUGGGAUAUCCUUAUGCUUCCCAAACCUAUCCUGGCAGUCAGGGACCUGCGGCAUACAAUGGUUAUGUGGUUCCUUGGGCCCAGCCUCAAUUCCAGCCACAAUAUCAUUCCCAACAGAAUGUACAAGCAUCACCUCAAACGGACCCACAAUCCCAAUCACAGACCCAGUUCCAAGGAGUUCUUCAAACUCAAAACCAGUCGAGUUCACCGUCUCAGGCCCGAACACAGUUCAAAACACAACCCCAACCUCAAUUCCAGCCACAAUCCCUAUCCCAGUCCCAGUCUCCACACCAAGCACGACAGCAAACUCAUGAUCAACCUCCGUCACGAUCCCCAACUCAAAACCAGCCAUAUGGACAACCUCAAUAUCGACCAUAUUUUCAGCCUCAGUAUGGGUACCCCCCUCCACCAUGGGCUGCUACUCCCGGUUAUUUCAGCGGCCAAAAUCACCACUCUUCUGCAAAUGGCAUCGCAAGAGUAACAAACGGAGGAGCACCAAUGAAUGGAGAUGCAUGGAUGAGUACCGGUCCUAGGAAUGCCGCUCCUGCUACAGGACAAAAGCCCUUUAUCCCAUCAUACCGAUUGUUUGAAGACUUGAAUGUGCUGGAUGGAAGGCAUAAGAUGACAACCAGCAGUAGUGCAUCGCCUAACCUGUCGGGGAACAACACACAGAGCAUGGUUGGUGGGAGGAAGUAAAGAAAUUGUGGUUUGGGGUUCAGCUGCAUGCGUAGGAUAUAUGUGCAUGUGAAAUCUCUGGUGUAAAUCCGUAUCUAAGACAUUGGAGUUUGUCUUUCUUCAGAUUGAUGUGCCUUGGAUUUUGUGUUUUAGUUUUGAUUUCUGAUUCAAUAUUAUUGUUG